AUGAGACCAAUCAUCCCACUCCAUGUCCAAGGUUCCGACUUGAAGCCGACAUCAACAUCAACAAGAUCGUGGAUUCUCCCAGUCCCACCCAAAAACAAAAAGGCGGCGCGCCGUUGGGAGCGACAAGGGAAGCCCAAAUCAAGAUCUGGUUGUGGUACUUGUAAAAUUCGGAGGGUGAAAUGCGACGAAGCCAGACCAAAAUGUAGUCGAUGUACCAAGGGCAAGUUUGACUGCGACGGGUACGUCGAUUACACUACAGAAGACAGCCUAGGCUCAGAUGGCGCUGUCAGCAGCAUCAGUAGCCCUGAGACCAGUGGCGCAUCCACAUCCACAUCUCCUGAAACCUCGACAGACAACUCGACAAUAUCUUUGUCUCGUCCACAUGAUGGGUAUAGCACUAGUCGACUCCAUGCAUUGGACCACAACAGCUUGUACUAUCAACAGUUCCAAUGGCAUGCGAACCAGAGUCAUGGUAUAUUUUACUACUCCAAUACUUUUACAAGCAUUGUUCUCCACGAGUCCCUGCGAGAAAAAUGCACGCGUGACGCUAUUCUCGCCAUCGGGGCGUUUCUUUAUACCGGGUUUCUCUUGAUCCAAUCCAGCGUUGACGACUCCACGACUGAUUUGCAUCGGCAAGCCUCCCUGCAGUUCUACAAUGCUGCUCUUACAACGUUCCGCAGUCGUAUGCAAAGUUCACAAACAGAUUCACGUACGUGGAUACUCCACAUGACUCUAUUACUCACGAUUUUUGAGUUGCUUCAUGGUGAAUUUGAUGCUGCCGAUGGGCUAUGGGGUUGCGCUCUGCAAGUAUUGGACCCGUGGUUGAAGACUUCGUACAGUGUCUACUCAGACAUACUGAAUCGCUCGUGCGGGGAGACAACUGGGGAGUUGAGACCUCUAUUUGCCAUGGCAGGCGUGCAAACUUGCGUUGUGCUAAUUCGACAUGACGACCCGUUCAGACACCUUUGUCCGGAUACAUACUCGGAGUUAUCUCAGUUGCUGGAAUUUUUGCAAACAAACAUGCAUCAGGAUUGCAAUGUAGAUGUCGGGGAGUUCAAUCCUCUCCAGACGUGGCGUACCACCGCCGAUCCCUUGCUGUGCUGUGUUGUUGGCUAA